AUGCUUUUGCCUCCAACGCCGCCUUUAGGUUCGUCGGUCAGAUUGUACAACCAUAAAGCUACCGCAACAAUAUUUGUAAAAGGACGCCUGCUACUGAUUUCACGACCAAUAUCAAUGAAAAAGGAUGGUAUUCAAACUAGAAAUCGCAAAAUUAGCACAAAAAACAAGAACAAGAAGCGUGGUCCACCGGAGGGACCAUUCUACGACAUGUUGAAGCCACAGCCGAAUCCAUACGGUGAUAUGAAGUUUCAUUUACCUUCAGCGCAUGCAUAUAUCCCAGCUGCCACUCAAACACCAUAUCCGGCUCAAUUUAUCUUUCAUGCCUCAUAA